CAUGCUGCGCCACACUGCCUUUAGCAUCACAUUUUCACUGUGUAUUUCCUGUAUCCUGGGGAAGACAUUGGUGGUACUGGCUGCAUUCACUGCCACCAGGCCAGGGCAUAACAUCAUGAAGUGGCUGGGGCCUAAGCAGCAGAGGACCAUCAUCUCCAGCUGCACUCUGGUUCAGGUGGUUAUCUGUGCUGCUUGGCUCAUUGACGUUCCCCCGUUUCCAUCCAGAAAUACACAAUAUGAACAUUCAAAGAUCAUACUGGAGUGUAGUGUUGGCUCUAGCCUGGCAUUCUGGUGCGUUCUUGGAUAUAUUGGUCUACAGGCCUGUCUGUGCUUUGUAUUGGCUUUUCUGGCCCGAAAGUUGCCGGGGAACUUCAACGAGGCCAAGUUCAUCACAUUCAGCAUGCUGAUCUUCUGUGCUGUGUGGCUAGCAUUCAUCCCUGCUUAUAUCAGCUCCCCUGGAAAUUAUGCAGAUGCAGUUGAGUCAUUUGCCAUCUUGGCCUCCAGCUUUGGCUUAUUGUUCUGCCUGUUUGCUCCUAAGAGUUACAUUAUUUUACUAAAGCCUGAAAAGAAUACAAAACAACACCUGAUGGGGAAAGAAAAUAAAUGAUGAAACACAAAUUAACGCAAAGCUAUUGAGUCAGUAGCAAAUGAACUUGUAGAUUUCUUUCGGUGACUUAUGGAUAACUAACCAUUUAAAAAAACAUGUUCAUUAAUCAAUGAUGUUUUGAUAUUGAUAUUUCUUUACAGAUAUGACUCUAGUGUACAAAAUUGAUCCAAAUCACAAGGUACAUUAUCUCAAGACACUUAAUAUAUUACAGAAUCCUCACAAUAUUAUCUUUUUUUUAAACAAUAAAUUCACUAAAGAAGCAUGUACAAGAUUGUACUAAAUGUGUUGGCUGUCAAGAAGAUUUAGA